UAGUAUAUACCAUGUCUUUUUGAUACAAGUCAUGUCCAGGUUUUUACAUGCAAAAUGCACGAGUUUUCAGUGGAGUAGGGUUAGAAAAACAUCUUUAUGAGCUUCUUGCCUGCCUUUUUUUUUUUUUUUUUUAAUGUUUCUGGCAUUCAGAGGAAUCUUUUUAUGGCAUGGAAGUUAAAGCCAGAAAAAUGGAUGAUGAUGACGAUGACAUUCCCCAGCUUUCAUCCCAUACGUUGGCUGCCCUCCAGGAGUUCUAUUUGGAACAGCAGCAGAGAGAGGGCAUGAAGACCACCCAGGGGUUUAAUCAAUAUUCCAUUGGCUCAAUAGAAGAAGAUUGGCAACUGAGCCAGUUUUGGUACAGCGAUGAAACUGCGUUGUGCCUGGCCAAGGAAGCAGUUGUGGCAGCUGGAGAAGGUGGCAGGAUAGCAUGUGUUAGUGCACCGAGUGUGUACCAGAAACUGAAAGAACUGGAUGGUAAAGAUUUUUCAGUGUGUAUACUUGAGUACGACAGAAGGUUUUCUGUAUAUGGAGAAGAAUUUAUCUUCUAUGAUUACAACCAGCCUUUGAACUUACCUGAAUAUCUCCUGCCACACAGUUUUGACAUUGUAAUAGCAGAUCCACCCUAUCUGUCUGAGGAAUGUCUUCAGAAAACUGCAGAGACGAUCAAAUACUUGACAAAAGGAAAGAUACUGCUUUGCACAGGUGCUGUCAUGGAGGAACAGGCAGCAAAGCAUCUUGGUGUGAAGAUGUGCAAGUUUAUUCCAAAACACUCGAGAAAUUUAGCCAAUGAAUUUCGAUGUUAUGUGAACUAUACUUCUGGACUGGACUGAUUCUCAUAAGAAGAUCUACAGCCUUUUCAGUCAAGCUGCUUUCUGUUUUUUAUCAGUGACUCCACAGUUCUCAGUGCUGAAAAUAUUCAGCUCUGAGUACGAUUUCCUGGGCUAGCUUUAAUGAACAUGUGCUUUAGCCUCUGUCUUUUAAGUGAGUAAGCAUUUGCAGCUACUGUGUUUGUACCUUAAGUAUUAGGUAAAUGUGGACCAAACAGUGCAUGGGCUGGAUAGAAGUUCCUGGAUAACAGGAGCUUCUCAGUCUGAGUUCAAUUCUAACCAGUACCUUUUACAAUUCAGAGACUUUUUUGAAGUGAUUUUAGCUUAUAACAACACAUAGGUGCUUGCUUGGCAGACAUCAGAAUUGUCAUUGCAAAAGAACUUGAUACUUCUGUAGUAAUGUUAGUCCAUUAAAUCUUGAAUAAUAAUGGCUCUGAUUAAAUAAAUUGCCUGCUUUUUAACAGAUUUCAAUAUCAAACUAAAGAUGAUUUACAGGUAUGUCAAGUUUAUAGUUACAAAAACUGUUUGGUUUUUUCCAGUUGCCCACUUUUCUUUCUCUCCUGCUCCACGGUCAGCAGCAGAGCAGCAGAACAGAAUCCUCUUAGAAAUCCCUGAAUCUUACAAGGCCACUGAGGAGUAAUUUAAUGUAUUGAUAAACUCCCACUGUUUCAAAUGGAAGAUUUUAUAUACAAGGUUUGGACUAUAUUUCAAUCAAAGUAGGUGACACAUUAGAAAAAUUUUGCUUUCAGGUGGUAGACAUUUUUGGUAACUGGGAAUUUUUAAAGUUGGUUUUGACUAACUACACUACUAAUGUAUUUUUGGGUGAAAGUUGGUUCAUAAAUUCCAAGGCACUCAACAGUUUAUAAUCUAUAAAUACACCAUACAAAACACAAGUAAUUGUCUUUAUAUGCCAUAUUGUGUAAAAGGCUAACAGAAAUGCUGCAUCUACAAAAUGUAUCACCUAAAAUGAAGAAUGGAGAAAUUUGUUUUGCAGUGGGAAUAAACCUAAUUAAACUUG